UGCCACAGAGGCACAGCAGACAGCGCGUUUGGGAGGUGUAGUGGAAGAAAGGCAAAGAGAAACGGAGUAAAUGAGAGCACUUCUGUCCACAUUGUUGAAGGACUUACCAACUUAAAACACCGCCGAAGCACCAAAGUAUAAUGAGACGGGCACACUGUUGAGCUGCUGUCCAGGUUACCACCAUUGAGAAGGCGGCCUUAAACCCCAGGACCCCAUCUGCAGGCUCCUGCAUUGGGCUGAGUGAAGGAAGCAAAGUUGUGUCUCUCCUGGUGGGAAACCUGGAUCCUCCAUCUUGUCCACCAACAUGACCAAUGUGGUGAUCGUCAAGGAGGGAUGGCUGCAUAAAAGAGGAGAAUACAUCAAGACCUGGAGGCCGAGGUAUUUUCUCCUCAAGAGUGACGGUACAUUCAUCGGUUACAAAGAACGACCACAAGAUGUUGACCAGCUGGAAACCCCCUUAAAUAACUUCUCUGUUGCACAGUGCCAGCUGAUGAAGACGGAACGACCCAAGCCCAACACAUUUAUCAUCCGCUGCCUGCAGUGGACCACUGUCAUCGAGCGUACCUUCCACGUGGAGACCCCCGAGGAAAGGGAAGAAUGGACCAAAGCCAUCCAGGCAGUGGCUGAAGGCCUUCAUAAACAAGAAGAGGAGAGGAUGGACUCCUCUCCAGAGCCCAUGGACAUGGAGGUCUACCUGACCAAACCCAGACAGAAAGUGACUAUGCAUGACUUUGAAUACCUCAAACUCCUGGGAAAAGGCACUUUUGGCAAAGUUAUUCUGGUAAAGGAGAAGGCCACAGGACGCUACUAUGCCAUGAAGAUCCUAAAGAAGGAGGUGAUCGUAGCAAAAGAUGAAGUGGCACACACACUCACAGAAAACAGGGUCCUCCAGAAUUCAAAGCAUCCGUUCUUGACUGGACUGAAAUACUCCUUCCAGACUCAUGACCGCCUGUGUUUUGUAAUGGAGUACGCAAACGGUGGUGAACUUUUCUUCCAUCUGUCAAGAGACCGGGUAUUUUCAGAAGAACGGGCUCGGUUCUAUGGUGCAGAGAUAGUGUCAGCGCUGGAUUACCUACAUGCUGAGAGAAACGUGGUUUAUAGAGAUCUGAAGCUGGAAAACCUCAUGCUGGAUAAAGACGGACACAUAAAGAUCACAGAUUUUGGUCUCUGUAAGGAGGGGAUCAAAGACGGAGCCACUAUGAAAACUUUCUGCGGGACGCCAGAGUACCUCGCACCUGAGGUCCUAGAAGACAAUGACUACGGCCGCGCUGUGGACUGGUGGGGUCUGGGCGUGGUGAUGUAUGAGAUGAUGUGCGGCCGGCUGCCGUUUUACAACCAGGAUCACGAGAGGCUGUUUGAGCUCAUCCUCAUGGAAGACAUCCGUUUUCCUCGGACUCUCGGCCCUGAGGCGCGCUCGCUGCUUUCCGGUCUCCUUAAGAAGGACCCAAUGCAAAGGUUAGGUGGAGGGCCUGAUGAUGCCAAGGAAAUCAUGCAGCACAAAUUCUUUGCUGGGAUAAAUUGGCAAGAUGUCUAUGAAAAGAAGCUUGUCCCGCCGUUUAAGCCCCAAGUUACCUCAGAGACGGACACAAGAUAUUUUGACGAAGAGUUCACAGGACAAAUCAUCACCAUUACGCCACCCGGACAAGAUGACAGCAUGGAAUCUUUCGACAGCGAGCAACGACCCCACUUCCCACAGUUCUCCUACUCUGCCAGUGGGACAGCCUAAUAUGCAAAUCUCAAACAUUCCUCCGGUCCCACGUUCAUUCCCUCUCUCCAUCCGACUGCACUCUCAAAAGGCCCCAGCCUGCUCAGCCUCGUCCUCCCCCAGCAUUGUCUGCACAAGCCCCCCGUCGGAUGUCUCAGUCUGUGAGCCGUUGUUGUUGUUUUACAGGAUGGAGGAAGUGCGAGACAAAAACAAAGAUAAACGUGCUUGUUCUUGGUGGCCUUUGAAGACUGACCAUGGAGAUAACACUACCCUGCAUUUCCUGGUUGUUAUGCUGUAUACAGAGCAGGCAUCCGUACUCCAUAAUGAACGGGGAAAUGUAGCUAUGCACAAAUUGGGCUACUCCCAUAGCUCAAUGGGGUUUUUUUGUCUUUUUUUAAAGGGGUUGUUUAUAUUCAAUAAAACAUCAACCAUUUCAAAUAAGUUUUAGGCAUGCUGUGGACCAAAAACACCAUGUAAAACAGAGAGUGUGUUGUUUGUUGAGUGGGUGAUUUAUUCAUGUUUUUCGAGUCUUUUCGGACUUUUUUGGCCUCAUAAAGUGAAUGUACCGUAUCAAAUAAAGUUAAACUUCCUUCAUACUGAUGUGUUGUAACACAUGUCUAAUUCUCCUAAGACUGAAAAGUCCUCUUCGCUUUAAGCCAGCCUUGAUGCAAAACUGAAACCGAUCUGUUGUAUUACCAUUCCACACAAUGAUAUAUCUGAGGAAUCAGCAGUGGAAUCUAGUCUAACAUGACGCGAGCAUGAGUGAUCAUUCAGUUUCUUUUAAAAAUUGCUUGCACAUGACUCAGAUCCACUGCUUCCUGUUCAGGCUAAUAAAAAGCAUCUCCACUCCUGAAGUCAGUGCUUACACUUCCUGGUGCCUUUUCAUGUGGAUGCGCCUUCUGCUCCAAGCUCUUCUUUUCUCCUUUGGGUUUUUCCUCUGUUUACAGUACACUAUUGGGUGUUAUAUUCCACCUGGUGCAUAUGCUGCAGCCUCAGUGAGGUCACUUCAACAUAAUACACUUCUUUAGGAAAACUUUGCAAGCAAACUAGGCUUCAGGGGAAAACGGUGAUCUUUCAUUUGCUUCUUUAGGGGACUUCCACCCCUCUCACUAGCUUCCGAGUUAUUUAUGAGACCAAUGUGGAUGAAAAGGAGUUUCACUGUGCCAAUGAUAUGCACUUUGUUGGCCAAAAAUGAUUGUAUUAGGACCCCCUCUAUAUAUGGCUGGUAAAGACUAAAUUAGCUUCCUUUUGUAAGAUGAAUUUGUGUGUUGUGGAUACGAUUGAAACAAGACGUGUUGGUUUGAAUCAUUUCUUGUGCUGAGGCUAAAACCGAUGGUCUUCUUUCAGAAGUUUCCGGAAGCUCUUCAGUAUUUUUAGAACGACAGAUAAUCAUUGUCAAAAGUGCAUAUUUUCAUUGAAUGUAAUGUUUUUUUAUAUUGUUUUCUCUUCAGUCGUUUGCAAACCUUUGUUCACUCUUUGAGUCUGUUUGUUACUUAUUCCUAUGCACACUCCCAUCUUGGCUGUCACCUUCUGAAAAUAGGGGGGGGAAAUCCUUUUAUAUUUUUUACUUCAACUUUUUUUGUACCUGCCCCUCCUGUAUUCCUGUGACCGAGGACACCAGCUUUAGUAAACAAAUAAUAUAAACUUUGUACACUGUUUUUACAUGUUUUCUUCUCAAUUGAUGAAAUUAAAGGUCUUAUCAACU